AUUGAGUUUCACUAACCAACGACCACCACUGAGACAACAACAACAACAACAACAACAACAACAAGCACAACAACCACCAUCACCACACCCAAAACAUGAAAAUAAAACAACUAAGAAUGUUGCAAAUAUUCGAAUUGAAUGA